AAAUGGGGCGCUGCGCUUGAAAGCUUCAAGCCUAUUUGGUUCGCGAUAGCAAUCUCAACAGGCGGUCUUGGUCUGAUCCUCGCCUCGCCCUUUCCCUACUCCGCACCCUGGCAACUGCGCCUAGCAUCCGUUCUCUACGUCUUCGAAAUCAUCCUCUUCGCCGUCUUCCUCGGACUUACACUUGCCCGCUGGAUAAUAUAUCCACACGUUGCCGUCCGCCGCGCGCUCACAGAUCCAGAUGAACUGUGUUCCUACGCCAUCCCGCCGAUCGUGUUGAUGACAAUCGCUGCGCUGACGGCAACGCAAGUUUCAACAACAGCAUGGGGUGGCCAUGCGUUCACGCUAGUCGCGUAUGUGCUGUGGUGGAUUGGCAUGUUUUGGAUGUUCCUCACGGGUGUGGUGGUGAUUGUAACGUGCAUCUACACGGGAAACCAGAUAGACCGCAGUAUGACGCCUGUGCUGUUCAUGGCGCCUGUGGGUCUCGCGACUGCGGGUGUGGAAGCUGGAAACAUCGCAAAUAACGCCGCUGAGAUGAGCGCCAGGCUCGCGAUCCCUAUGAUCGUUGUUGGCUACUUUGUAGUCGGCAUUGCGCUGUUCAUGGGUAUUAUCCUCUAUACCCUGUUCUUCCAUCGGUUGUUGGCUGCUGGGUUGAACCCACCGGCGCAAAGAGCUGGGUUGUUCAUCCUGAUCGGUGCGGCUGGCCAGUUGAGUUCUGCGUUUCAGAUCUUGGGUACUGCGGCAAUGACAUACUUCCCGCAAUAUAAGCCGCAAAAUACGAGUGCGACCUUUUGGGAACAGGAGACUGGUGCUGGGAUCGACUAUUCCGGAUUGCUAUUCGGGCUGCUUCUGCUUGGUUUCGACUACUUCACACUCUGCCUCGCGGUGGUCGGAGUUGCUGAUGUCUUCGUAAAGAAGCAGUUCUCCUAUACGCUGACGUGGUGGAGUGUGGUAUUCCCG